AUUUCAGCUCUGCAGCAUACGGUACCAGGUACCGGUACCUAGUAGGGAGGAUGCGAAGGAGCGUUUGAAUUGAAUUGAUUAGGGUUGCCGCUUUACACACUCUGGUGCUGUUGCCUGUUGAUAAUUACACCAAAGCGACCUCCAUCGAUCUGUUCGACAAGGUUGCAAGGUUGGACCAUGGCGACGUCGAAUUCCAAGGACGGAGAAAAGCAAAACAACAAGAAUAAUGGAGCCCCCCGAACCUUCCGAGGUCCCUACAAGAAGGUAAAACUCAAUGAGAUCGAGGUUCAGUUGAAAGAGGCCCUGUUGGACGGGGCUGCAAGAAUUAUUUCCAAGAAGCAAGCAGACCACAAAGGCAGACUUCCCCCAGGGUUCAUGGACACACUUCUCGGCGAACUGAAGAAAAAUGUGGUUCUUGCCGACGCAACUAGAGAUACAGUGAAUAACCACCUCAAAAAGAUCUCCAAGAAUCAAAAUCAAGAAGCAUAUGACGCUUCUCCAGGGGCUUCUUCUACAGCUAAGGUUCAAGCGGCGAACUCUGUCGCCAAACCUCCGAAGAAGAAAAACUCCACGCCUCAAACAGCAGCUGCUGGUACGAAUCAGAAAGGAGGAAAGCACAAUGGUUCCACAUCAAGUCGAGAGCCAUCCAACAAGGAACCCAACAAAGGCUCUGGUCCAUCUGUUCCUCUUCCAAAGACGACGCUUGACGCCGCUUCUCCGGUGGGAACCAAGGGCUCUGUCCCUGCAAUAGAGACAACCAAGGACGCAACCGUCGCUCCGCCUGAUCCUCCCGAAAAUGAAGCAGCGCCCAAAGAAAGUAGUACUCCUACGACGACAGCGGUCGCCACUCUUCCGGCAGCUGCCGCCCCUAUCAUCGUGGAUGAUCCUGGCGAUAAUUUGAACGAAGCCAGGCUCAAAGAUCCUCCACCCAAUCUGCCCCAUGCCUCCGAGACAACCACCCCAGGCCCGCCUCAUCCCAACAACAAGAGCAAGAAAUCAGAGGACCAACAGGCUGCCUUGCAAUGGGCAUCCAAGGAGAUGAUAGCUAAAGCAGCGGAAGCAAAACAAAGAGGAGCACGUUUGAUCAAAGGAGAAGUUGAAAACAUUGUCAUGCAAGCCAAUGCAAAGUUCAACCUUGAAGGAGAUGACAAGAUCAGAAAAGAAACUGUGCGAUCAAGAGCCAGACGCAACAACCCAGAGGGGCGAGGCCGAGGGAAAAUGAAGUCACGGGUGGCAGUUGCCGCUGCUCCUCCGCUUGCCAAAGAUGAUCCUCCGGGAAUCGGAGGUGGAUGCAAGCUCAAAGAUCCUCCGUCCGUGGCCGCUCUGCCAACCACUGAUGGUCCUGCUGGCAACACAAAUGCAGCAACGCUCAAAGAUCCUCCGCGGGAAGACCUAAAGGAUCCAAAACGAAAAAACGGACCCGACCCGACCCGACCCGACGAAGAAGACGAUGCAAAUGCUGCCAAAAGAAAGAGAUCAGAAAAUCACGAGGCUGCCUUGGUAUGGGCAUCCAAGGAGAUCCUUGCUAGAACAAAAGAAGCAAAACAAAGAGGAACACGUUUGAACCAAGGAGUAUCUGCAAACAUUGUCAUGCAAGCCAAUGCAAAGUUCAAUCUUGAAGGGAAAGAAAAAAUCAGUGCAGGAACCGUCCGAUCACGAGUCCAACGGAACAAUCCAGAUGGGCGAAUGAAGUCGCCGAUGGAUGACGUAGAACCAGCUUUGGUUGAUGCUUGCAACAAAUGUGCUCGGAUGAAUGAACCUUUGAGUUCGGAAUGCUUCUUAGAGCUGGCUCACAAACUCAUCGAGGGCACGCCAAUUGAAGAAAAGCGAAAACGGCUUGCGGCAAUUCAAGGGCACGACCCAGAACGUACCAAGCUGAGCUUAAGAUACCACUUGAGUUUCCUGAAGCGAAACGGAGAAAAACUUUCUGAUGUCAGAGCCCUCCGAAACAAUUUUUUCCGACAGCAAUGGGCAACUCACCAGAACGUCGAAAAGAUGUACGAUCGCGUGUCGGAAUACCUAGUCGAGGUCGGAAUUGCUCGCAAGCUGGACUCUCCAGUCUAUAGGAGCAAAAGUGGCAAAAUUGUGAACAGACCAGACCAGGCUUUUGGCUUCCCUUGCAAGUUCAAAUUACUUCACCCCGAGCGCCUGCUUCACAUGGAUGUAAGCGACAGCAGCCGCGGGAUCAACAUGUACACGGCACAAAAGGAGGGCAAAGCUACAGUCACCGCCGACAUUCUGUUCACCGUGUCGCCAAUCAGAAAUGCGCUAGGAGAGCCUGUGCUCGCUGUCGUCGUUUUGCAGUCAGAAUCAACAGAGAUCCCGGAAGAUUGGAAGCUUGGAAUUGACAUCGCCGCGGAUCUACUGGGUGGUGCGGACAUGGCCGGAGUUGAGGUUGUCCGAAGGAAUCCAAGUGGACCAUCUUGUGUCGUCGGGGGCAAGGAGGUACCAUGUUUCAUGGACGUGAGUCCUCAUGGCGGUAUCACAUCACAAGUGCUCGCCAACGUAUUGGCGUAUCUCGACAAGCUCGAUGUUUUCCCCAGAGAUCAAGGUCCCCUUCCUUGCAUGAUUCUAGACGGCCACAAUGAACGCUUCGGAGUGCCUUUUGUUCGAUACGUACUUGACAAGCAGCAUGAGUGGCAUGCUUUCAAGGGCGUUCCUUACGGGUCACACUUGGCGGUUGUAGGCGAUGCGUCCGAGAUGAAUAAAGCCUUCAAAAGGGCACUGGAAACGGCGAAGAAAGAGUUGCUCCAACUCAAGCAGCUACUCCGCAUGGACACGAGCCUCCUUCCGACGGACGUGAUUCCGCUUGUCAACAAGGUUUGGAGCCAGAGUUUUGGUGAUGUUUCAAUGGCCCGCAAGGCUCUGAGCGAGAGGGGCUGGAAUCCCAUGAACAGAGCCUUAUUGCGUGACAAAGACAUUGUGAAUUCGCUUCUGAAAGACACUGGCAAGGUAGUUCGCCGCCAUCCCCGCCGCACUGACGACGGAAGCAUCGUGUAUCUGAAGGAUUAG